UUGAUUGUUGGAGACAAUCUGUUCACUCAUACCUGGUCAUUAGCAGUGGAGAUCCAGUUUUACCUAAUUGUUCCUUUCAUCUAUUUAUCCGAACGAAUUCUCGGAACUCCAAAAUCAGCUAUUUUUAUUCCUGGCCUAGCUGUCUGUUCUUUCGUAUUCUACAUAUGUGUCGAUGAAGAUACUUCCUUCAACUUCGUAUUUUCUCGUCUUUGGCAGUUUCUUGCUGGAUACUUGACUUACCUGAAGGAAUAUCAUCGAAUCAUUGAGCAACAAGAUUUGAACGUCCAGUACAAAGAAACUGUUCUGACGUCAAAAAAUCAAGGAGACUCUAGAGGGAAUGUGUUAUCUCUAAUUCUAUUUAUGGCGUUGUUGAUCAUUGGGCUUGUACCGCAGAAUUAUCAGUCAAAAAUUUGCUUUUUCCGACCAUGUGUCACCCUUAUGUGUUCGCUGUGGAUAGCUGGCGAAGGAGGGAAAGAAAGAUGGGUAAUAAGCCUUUGGCCACUUGUUUACUUGGGAGAUGUUUCAUAUAUUUUGUAUUUGGUACACUAUCCAGUAUAUGUGUUUCUCAACCUACAUGCUCUUACAUCAGAGUACUGGAGAACGUUCGGACUGCUGUUCGCUGUUGUUAGUUCUGCCUUACUGCAUCAUUAUUUUGAAAAAGAAUAUUUAAAAUGGAAUAGCAGAUCUGUGUUCACUUUCAUAACAUUCCUCUAUAUCUCAAUCAUUCUGAUUGUUGUCCAUGAUCAAGAACUUCAGGAAAUGAUAUACGGGAGACGUAUAGAUUAUGAGAAAAUGCUCGAAGCGCCCGACAACUAUACCCUGAAAGAAAUAGUAGCAGCAAACGAUUUAUUCAAUGUUGAUGACCGGGAGAGACUCAAACAUUCGGCUUGUUCCUAUACUGACGGUGAAGGACCAUUUGGUGAAUGCGAAGUUCGGAUGAAUUCAUCAGAAGAGGUCACAGCAAUGGUGAUUGGAAAUAGCUAUGCACCAAACAUGUUUCGAAUCGUUCUUGAUAGCUGUCAUAAGAAUUUCAAUAAGAUCAUCAUGAAAUCUUACCCAGUUUUAGCUUGUGAACCAUUGUGGAAAACGAAAAAAUAUCGUUUUGAUUGUAGCAAUGCUAUAGAUGAGUUGUCUCAUUCAUUGAGACAAAGAAAUCCAGAUUAUCUGUUCAUUCUGUCCAGACACAUCUCACUCAUUCCUCACGGGUUUAUAAGCAGAUCAGUAGAAAACAAGAAAUCACUUAUUGUGGCUAACAUUUUGGAGAAAUAUGUGCCGUUUGUUAAAAAGAAAAUUUUUAUUCUGGAUGCGUUUCCACGUCCAAAAGCAAAAAUCGGAGAGUUGGUGAAUGCAUAUCUUCUAGAAAAUCAUACAAAAUCAAUACCUAUACAUGUACAGCAAACCUAUGAAAUGAAAGAUGCGCGUUGGCAAUCUGCUCAUAGGGUUCUGGAACAAGCAAUGAAACAAUGCCAAAAGUGUACUCUGAUAAGUAUCAAUUCGUUCCUCUCAAACAAGAAAAAUCAGUUUCAAUUCGUAAAUGAGACAAAUGGUUUGUUGUACUUUGUUAAUAACAAACAUUUGUCACCUUAUGGACUUAAAACAGUUCAACCACUGUUCAAAGACAUUUGCAAUCAUAUUGUCUCCUAA